AUGGCCCAGAUUUGGCCUCUGAAAGCUGAAAAAAAGGUAAUUCACAAUACAGCUGUUCCCAAUGCCCUGGCUGUUGAUUGGAUUGGGAAGAAUCUCUAUUGGUCUGAUACUGAAAAGAGAAUUAUUGAGGUGUCUAAACUCAAUGGCUUGUACCCAACUGUCCUUGUGAGCAAGAGAGUCAAGUUUCCCAGAGAUCUGUCCUUAGAUCCUCAAGCUGGGUACUUGUACUGGAUCGAUUGCUGUGAGUCCCCACACAUUGGCCGUGUUGGGAUGGAUGGAUCCAGGCAAACUGUGGUUAUAGAAACACAGAUAUCCCGACCUAUGGCUCUCACCAUAGACUACGUCAACCACAGGCUCUACUGGGCUGAUGAAAAUCAUAUUGAGUUUUCUGACAUGGAUGGAUCUCACAGACAUAAAGUCCCUAACCAAGACAUCCCAGGGGUGAUAGCACUGACGUUGUUUGAAGACUUCAUCUACUGGACAGAUGGGAAAACCAAAUCCCUCAGCCGUGCCCACAAAACCUCUGGCUCAGAGAGGCUCUCCCUGAUCAACUCCUGGCACACCAUCACAGACAUCCAGGUGUAUCAUUCUUACAGGCAGCCCGAUGUGUCCAGACACGUGUGCACACUGAACAACGGUGGCUGCAGCCACCUGUGCCUGCUGGCCCCUGGCAAACUGCACUCGUGUGCCUGCCCCACCAACUUCUACCUGGCCGCGGAUAACAGGACGUGUCUGUCCAACUGCACCGCCAGCCAGUUCCGUUGCAAAACCGACAAGUGCAUCCCGUUCUGGUGGAAGUGUGACACGGUGGACGACUGCGGGGACGGCUCCGACGAGCCCGCCGAGUGCCCGGAAUUCAGAUGUCAGCCAGGACGUUUCCAGUGUGGCACUGGGCUUUGUGCUCUUCCAGCCUUUAUCUGUGAUGGAGAGAACGACUGUGGGGACAAUUCUGAUGAACUGAACUGUGACACACACGUGUGUCUGUCAGGGCAAUUCAAGUGCACCAAGAACCAGAAGUGUAUCCCAAUAAACCUGAGAUGCAAUGGCCAGGAUGACUGUGGUGAUGAAGAAGAUGAAAGGGACUGUCCUGAAAACAGUUGUUCUCCAGACCACUUCCAGUGUAAAACAACCAAACACUGCAUUUCCAAGCUGUGGUGUGUGAUGAAGACCCAGACUGUGCAGAUGGGUCAGAUGAAGCAAACUGUGAUAAAAAAAACUUGUGGACCUCAUGAGUUCCAGUGCAAAAACAACAACUGCAUUCCUGAUCACUGGAGAUGUGACAGCCAGAAUGAUUGUGGAGAUAAUUCUGAUGAAGAAAACUGUAAGCCUCAAACAUGCACCUUGAAAGACUUUCCUUGUGCAAAUGGAGAUUGUGUUUUCAGCAAGAUUCUGGUGUGA